AUCUCCUUGUAGGCGUUUCCACACUGUGUAAAUUUCAUUGUGAGAUUUUUUUUUUUAAAGAAAUCUCCUUCCACCCCUUUCUAAACGUGUCUGUGCAAUACACAUGAGGACUGGACUAAAUAGCUCUGCCUUGUGAUUGCUUGGAUACGUGCAAAAUGUUGCACUAAUUGAGCCUAGGUCAGUUAGAGCUGAAGAGAGGUGUUUUAUGUGCUGUGCUCUAUAGAGGGGAAGGCAGCUGGGGGAAAAAAAAAACAACACACAUCCCUCCUCUCCUCGUUGCAUUUGAAAAAAACCCAAAUAAACAAAACAGCUAAAAAUAAAGCCCAAACCGAAACUGGAUGGAACCUUGAGAUCCUCAUUAGGAGUACAGAUGCUCACAGGACUUUAGACAAAAACAAUAGCUCUGGCCAUGUAUUGUGGUGACUCGUGUGUUUUUGUGUGUCUGUUUAAAUUUAUCCAUUAGAAAAUAACUGUGAAACAGCAAAGGAGGUUCCCUCGGAGAGCUGGCUCGCUGCCACAUGAGGCAUAUUUUGUAGCCCUAAGGGCAGAAAACCCUUAUAUCCAACUUCUGCUCCUCGUAUUAAAAAGGCGUAAACAAGGCAGCAGGUUGCCUCGUAUGACUCUAAUUCAUUGGGAUGGAGAUUAAUCAGAAGCUGAUACUUGCUUGAAGGUGUUUCGUUUUUGUUUGAUGAUUAAUAGUACCACUGGCUGACGGGGAAUGGGAAAUUGUUACUUUCUGUGAUGGUUACUGAGAGUUCAGGAUUGGAAGAGAAACUGUUACUUUUCACUGAGAGCUCUUAAAUGCUUAACAGAGGCUGCCUCUGAUGUACGGACAGGAUAUUGGUUCUGUAAAACACAAUUUGCAAAGAUUUUUCCAGAUGACAGGGUGGGAUGCUUUGGGGUUUAUUUAUUUAUUUAUUUCCCUCCAGAGAGAAAUAUGGUGUGAUAUUAUGCUAAAGUUCAAGUGCUGAGUGUUCUGUGAUGUUCUCUGUUGUUUACUUUAUUGUGAUGGGAUUGCUUACUGUAUUUUUUACAAAGAACAUUUAAGGAUCUAUAACUGACUAUAAAGAUAUGUCGUGUAUUCAGAUGUGGAAACUAAAGUAAGUUACUGAGGAUAUAUAUCUUUUAUCACUGUUAUAUAAGCAAAUAUAAUUCAGAGAAUUACAAAUGCAUCUGGAAAUUUGAGGCUUCUAAUGCUUAUGUUUAAAUUCUUGCAAUGUACCAGCUUUCUUUAAAGUAGAAAGUGUAAGAAGUGUUUAUGUCAUGCAAUUAGUCAUGUUGAAAAAUAAAUUCAUUUGUCUUUGUGGAAAUAUAUUAUGUAUUUGCUCUGGCUUUUUCCAGUUUUACUGUAAUAAAAAUAUUUUGCACAUAUUUAUGCAUGAAUUCUACUCUAACAUGGUAAAUACUUUUGGCAGCAUAACAGGGUCAAUAAUUCAUGUGUCUAAAAACUAGCUGAGAUAUUUCCAUGAUAGAUUAUGAUGACUUUUCUAAAAUACAUACGAUCUGUUGGGUCAUUAUUGCACAUUUUAAGAAGUCUCAGCCUGCUUACUUUUUCAUUAUUUAAUUUUAAAAGCAAGCCCUUAAAAACAAGAGAGAUUGAAACUUUAUUCUCCACCCAUUUAUUUCCAUCCCUCCUUAUAUUUAGAUGAAGUAUUUUCUUUAAAUUAGGUGCAACUCCCUGUAAGCAAAAUAUUUUGCUACUGCUAAAGCACUGAAAUAAAGUAACUAGGCUAGCAGUUUCCAGAAUGAUCCUUUUGUCCUUUCUUUUAAUACUGCAGGUGUGUUGUGUGAGUAAUUUUGUGCAGAUAGUUGCUGAGUGAAGAGUUAAUCCUGCUCACCUAGUCUUAUCUCGAAGUCUGAGAAAGUGCAUUCCUAAAACUUUCUAUUUAGUGCCAGAUUUCAUCCACAAAGCACCUGUUGUCUGAGUAGUAUGGUAAUUAAUAUACAUGCAUUUCAUUUGCAGUAUUCUGAGGUUGUAGGACUUCAUAUAUAUCAAACAGCCUUGGGACCUUAAAACAGGAAUAAAGGAGCCACUUUUGAAAGAGGAUCCUUCUGCCUCUAUGCAGUAUGUGGACAGAGUAGGAUUUGGCUUGGUGGAAUUGGUUUAGGCUUGGUGUUUCUAUAGUUCUGCCAUGACUAAUGUUUUAGAAAGCCAUAGUUAGUGUCAAAGACAAUUGUCCUUUCGCGCUUUUGAGAUGAAUAAAAAUUUUGCCUACACAUUGCAGCUUCGUUUCUACAGGUGAUGAUAUCAUUAUAUUCCUUAUAUAGUAUGGGAAAUAGUCAUACUGCCCUAGCUCCUGAGAGUAAUGGGUGUCUAGACUGAAAUGACAUCUUCUAUUUUUCUUUACAUCUGUUUUGGUAUUCAGGACAGUAUAGGGAUUUAAGACACCUUUAUAAAGGGUUGUAAACUGAAAUUUUUGGAAAGCAGUUUUUCUUCUUCCAUAACUAACUAUUAUUAUCAGUAUUUACUUGCAAAUGAAAAAUAACAGGUGAACAGAAAUGAGAAACUGUAUAGCAUUGUGUGCUGACUCAUGAAUAUGUGGUUUUAGCUGCUGUUGUGGCCUGAACUGGUAAAAGAAGACUAUCUUCUUACAUUUUUCAACAUGGGAGAUAGAACUAGAUUGGCCUCUGGAGUCAUGAAAUCUGUUUGAUAUGAUACUAGGCUGAUCUUCUUUUGUUCAGAUUCAAAAACUCUGGUUUAAAUUUAGCUGGGGUAUCACAUUCACUGCACCUCUUGAAGGUGGGGCAGAACCUCACUUUUCAUGCUUUUAAAAACUGAAUUUCUGUCCUAAAUUAUUCUCUCUCUCUCUUCUUUUUUUUUUUUUUUUUUUUGCCACUGCUGCCCUUAAACAGUAAGGCUCCUUCUCCAUGUCUUUGCUCUUCAGAAUAUAGUAUAUUUUUAGAGAGCAAUUGAAUCUCGUCUUCCCUCACGAUUUCUGGGCUUUACUGGGAGAGGUUCCCAAAAGUGUGACUGGUUCUGGGAGGGGAUGUUGAGACUGGCUCUGCCCAAAAUCGUGCUGCAGCAGAAACAGGGAAGCUGCAUUUGAAUCCUCUUCUGCCCACACUGGUCUGUUCUGUUUUCAGCUGAAACGGGGCUUGCACCAUGUGGACUUUUCCUUCACUCUGCCUAGCCAGCCUGAAUUUCUUUGGUUGUAGUGCAACAGGAAAGAACUCUUGGGAAUUGCUUCUGCCACACUCUGGUUUUUAAAUGCUCAAGAGUUUUCUACAUAUUGUCUUAGUAUUUUGUAUUCAUACCAGGGAAGGGAAUGUAAACAAGUUUGAGGCAAUUCUGUAUCACAAUCUUAUUGGGAAUAAAUGUGAAAAUUGACUAUGGUGUUCUUUAAAAUUUUUACCUUAUUAAAGUCUUUGCAAGUUGCUUAUAUUUUAGCUCUCUAGUCUCCUAAAGCAUUAUUUUAUGGCAGUUUGUUUCUCUUUUAUAGUGUUAUUUUUCCUAAUUUCUUCCUUCCCUGCAUUUUGACUUUUAAAAGAUAAAAAGAUAAAAAAGCUUAAUAGUGUUUAAAUGGUGGGAUUACAAAGACUGAUAGGUCUGCCCUCAGAUGAACAUUUUAAAUUCUCUUGGUCUUAGAGGAUGUGGUAUGCUGUCAAAUUCUGAAGCCAAAUCCUGUAUGUUUUAAGUACUUGCAGAAUAUCUGAACAGAAAGCUAAAGUUGAAUAUUUCCUAAUGAAAAAUUAUGUAAUCUGUGACACUGUCUACAUAGUUUUCCAGUUGGUAACUCCUUUAAACUCAGAUCCAGACUAACAGAAAAAAACAAAAUGCUGCUUUUAAGUAGUAUAAGGAUUAAAAUGCAACAUUUUGGCCUGUGUGAAGGUACCAAUCUUACUUUAUGAUCUUUAAACAAUUACAGGAGUAAAAUAGCUUUAAGAUUAUUGUUUUGCACAUACCCACAUUAGGAUAAUUUGUACCUUUUUCCCCCUGUUUUUUUUUUCUAUUUCAAAAUGACACUCUAAUCUCUAUAAUGCACUUAAUCUUUCAAAAGCGUUUAUACUUCAGCUUUGGCAGUAUUUUGUGAGAAAGUUUAUUUUUGCACAAUGAAGAGUGAUUUUUCAUCUCAAUGAAUCAUCUGCCAACAAUUUAAAAAAAAUAAUCAAGUAGACCUUCAAAUUACUAAGUUAAUUUCAGGUUGCUUAGUGUGAAUAAAAUAACAUGUUUUAUUGCUGUUGUAUUCUGGAAUAAAAAUAUAGAUAUGUAGAUGAAUAGACAGGAUCACAGAGAGAGAGAUUUUUAAAGAUGCUCUAAUGUGAUAGAGAAUUAAGAAAAACCUUACGUUGAUUAUCCUUCAGGGCUUAACCAAUACUUUUGAUUAAUAGCUAAGAGUUUAACUUUCUUGAUUUUGAACUUAUACAGACCUAUCUUAUCUGCUGCCUCUUGACAAAAGCUACAGAUUAAUAAAUUGCCUCUCUGGUACAUCACUGUGUGUCUCCUGGCUCCUUACAUCCAGGCUGGCCUGCCACAGUGUUGGGGCUCAACCAUUAUGCAGUUGCAUUUCUGUUUCAGGUGCAGAGUUGUUUUUUUCCUCUGAUGCAGUUAUGAUAUGCAGUUAUGAUGCAGAAUAAUUUUUAUCUGACUUGACUGGCAGAGGUUUGAAGAAGCAGAGGUGGAUUUCUUAUGAGUGAUGACCAGCAGUGCAGAUAAAUGCAGUGGACUAUCAAUGACACUCCCCAGACUCAUUUUUUCUUUGCAUACUCACAAGUCUUUCUCCUAAAAUACCCAAAGGUCUGAUUAAACCUGGUUUACACCAGUGGUCCUUCCCAGGUAGCUUUCUCCUGAUGCCAGUGAUUAUUGCCUCUACUUAUGGGCAGUCUCUGAACAACCAAGUCAAGCUGGAGCUCUGGAAACAGCUCACACUUUCUGUAGUUAAUUUUAUGGUCCUCUGAGAACAGCUUGUAGUCCUUUGGACAGGCACUAGCUUAUAAAAGGCAGUACAGACCAUUAUUAUUAUUAUUUGAAGAACAAGAGACCUUAAAGAAUACAAUGAUAACUCUUGGGCCUUGGUGAUUAUUGAAUAAACUGGUGAAAACCAGGUCCCUGUCUUCCCACCAUGCCCCAUACCAACAGCCUUUUUCAGCCUGUCCAGUCACACUGGUUACCUUCUUCAGGGUCCUCCCUUCAGUCAGUCAUGUGCUUUGUGGUGUUCAGAGUCAACAAAAAGGGGAUAUCUGGCACAAAUCAAGUAUUUAUGAGAUUCUUAAUCUGACUGAAACGAGGCUAAAUUUGUUCUAUAGGAAAGCAUCACGUCAGUACAGUUCAUUCAGUAAAAAGGUGUCUCUGUUUCUGCUCAGAGUUUUGUAUAGAAGGGGAACAGGACCUAUUGUCAAAGAGAUAUGACACAUCUUAUUAAAUCAGGGUAACUUUACAAUUUGUAGGAGGCACUGCACAUGUAUACUUUGCAUGCAGUAUUUUUAGAUUGACUGAAGAAUUGGAGUUUCUGUGUCAAAGAAUUAUAUUUGCAUAGUGUUGACAAUACUACUUUUCCUUUCUGUUUUGUCUUAUAAUGGAGUACAAAACCACUAAAAUGUUUACACUAUCCUAGACAAGUUCUUUUUUAGAACAAUACAAAUGAAAGUAACAAAGAUACCUUUGUGAAUUUUUGCACACCAGGCCUGUACUCUAGGCUUACUGCAUGCUAACAGCUCUUCUUGUGGGCACAGGGAGUUAUAGUAAUAACUCGCUGUCUUUUACAAUGAAACACUGUGCUUUUAGUAAGUGCAGCAAUAUGCUUCUGAGCUUGAUCUGUAAUGUAAGUUACUGUUUAUAAAAGAAAAUUCAUUCUGUCUAGUUACAAUAUUUUAUCAAAUGAUCCUUCACACAAUAAGUAUUAGAAUAGAAGUAUUAUAAGAUUUAAAAAUGCACUGUGCAAACUGUCAUGCACUGCCUAGUAAACAGGCCCCCUGAAGGUAUAAUUAAAACAAAACUUCCUCUUUGGGUACCUUUUAAAAGGGAUUAAUGCUACUGUUUUCUAAGUAGAACACACACACAUACAUGGUACCAUUUCUCAUCUUGUAUUUGCAACUGAUUUCACAGGAUAAACCCCAGCACUUGGGGUAUUGCACAGUAGGUCACUUUUCUAAUGUCUUUACUACAUAAAUUCACAUCCACUUUGUUUUCUUUUUCCCAAACUGAAGAAGGAUGCAAUUAACUUUUCUUCCUGCCUAUACAACCUCCAGUUAAAUGGGAGUCCUUUAAAUGAUACAGUUACAAGAUUGCCUCUGGAGAGGUUACCAUCUUCUACUUGGGCAUUUGUAAGUUGUAGACAAUUAAUGUACAUUAUGAAUACUAAAAAGAGAAACUGCAUUUAUUCCACUUUUGCUUUACAGGGGUAGUUUAUCAGGACAUUAAUGCUAUUUUUAUUGUUUAUUAUUUUAUGAAAAAAGCAUGCUGGAUUACUAUUUGUCAGCAUGUGCCCUGUUCCAGUAGGUGCUGUAGAAAGAGAAAGGUGCAGAAUUAGGCCCUGGUGCUAUUAAAAUCAGUGAUACAUAUGCUGGUCAAAAUUUAGUGUCAAACCAUUUUUUUAUUUUUUUUUUUUUGGUGGAUUUUUGAUGAAGUGGUUCCCACAAAAGACUCUAUUCAUCUCACUUAACCUUGCUGUUUAAAAAAUAGGUUUUUAGAACUAAGGUAGUCAUCAUUUUAGCCAUCUAAAAGUUAGUCAUUGAAGUCUAACACAGUAGCUCAAGGCUUUGUAGUCAACGGAGAUAAAUAUUCUCUUCCUGAAGAGAAUUACAGAUUACAUCCCAACAGAGGCAUCUAUGGACAGCUGAGAUGAACAACCUUCCUAAAACACCUCUCUCUUUGUGCUGAUGAGAGAGAACCUAGAUGGCCUAUUUAAAACAGAUCCCUAACUUUUUGAUGGAUGAAGUUAAAGGAAACGAAUCGCAUGCUCCCCAGUCCUCCACUUCUUCAUAUCCUAAUUUUGCAAUGAAAUUUUUGGUUAAAAUUUUUUUUUUUUUGCCUCUAGAAUCUUCAUGGCUUUAAAGUUUUUAUUUGAAUUUAUUUUCAAUUUCUCCAGAAAUUCUUUUCACAAAUUUCACAAGUAUAUAAAUGUGUUACUAAAUAUUUUGAAUCAAUUCUGGGCUAUGACAAAAUUCCUAAGGAUGUCUGAUGGAACCAAGAUUUCACAUCUUUUUCACACACUUCACCUAGUUUUCUGUCUUUUUAUAAUGUGAUCCAACAACAAUUGAUCCUUUAAUGACUUCUCCUCACAGAGUCCUAUUCUAAAAUCCAGGGACUUAAGCUGUUGGGUACAAUUAUGGACCUCAUUUGAAAAACUUUGAAAAUUUUUGAAACAGAACAAUGAUGUGGAUGGCAAUGGAAUCAGCUAAUUGUACUUUAUAUAUGAAUCAUUGUAAGAUAUAUUUAAAAAAUAAAUAGUACAUCAAAAACAGAAGAUCUGAAUUUGAUGUCUCUGAAGAUGUCUAUGAAGUUAGAUCGUGAAAUUAUAAAAGGCUUUUUUAGUUUGUGAGCUGAGGUCAUCCAGGCAAUGUAGGGGAAAUAUUUCGCUACUGAUAGCAUGCUGCUGGUGUCUUCAUGUCCAUGCUUGUUUUUAAAUACUCCAGUAAAACCUGUACUUUUGGAUACCAGAUAGAUUUUAGUUUUCCCUGUCGCAGAUAAUUUUUAGGACUGGAAUUUUAUAAGACUGUUAAUGUCUGUAAAAUCAGCUUUUUUAUACAGUUUACUUCAGUGCCUUGCUUCAGAUCUGUCCCAAGUCAUUAUGUGUAGCAGGAUGCCAAGCAACGGCCUAUUCAUGACACUGCACAAUAUGUUGUGAUAUAAAUCUCUUUUUCCACAAAUUAUGAAUUCAGUUAUUUCAUUCAAUAUAUGUUUGGGCUUUCUGUAAGAUUUUCUACAGGUAAUAAAUUAUAUGAAAUAUAUGAAAAAUACAGUGUACGUGUUUCCACCGUGGGUUUUGUCUUCUUCUUGGCCAGGCACUAGCUGGGCGCCUGUGCAGACAUCAUUAAACUGCUUACACAGGCCAUGUUUUUCACUGACAGCAUAGUAUGAAACCAAACUAAAACUGAAUCCAAAUUAGAAAUGAACCAUUUGGUAUUAUAGGAGUAAGCACAAAACUCAGUGUGUGAGAGUUAAUUGCCCAAAUACCACAGUAUUACUACCAUGAUAAAGUAGGCUGCAGCUGUAAGCUCUAACAGCUAUAAUAUAAUGGUUUGCACAGACUCAGAAAUCUUACGGACUUGUCAGAAUUGAGAAGGGAAGUUAAAAAGUUGGAGUUCUCAGCACUUUAAAAUAACUGCUUCAAAUAAGCGCAGUAAUAUUCUCUGGGGACUAUAAACUGUUACUUGCAGCUACCAUGUCAUGUUACACACUUCACCACCUUUUGGUCUUUGUUCUUCACGUUCUAUUUAUAUUUCAAACCUAGGUUUUUGUACUGUCCCUCAAAAAUGCAUUGUCUGAGCAGUGUUCACAUAAAACAGAUUUACAAGGCUAAAACCAUUUGCUGACUUCAUGAAGUUUUCGCCUCUUUUUCUACUUUCAUUUAUGCACCAUAACAUUUCCUUUUUCACUCUUGCCUCUCUGCUCUGAGUUAGGAGCACAGUGUUGUCACGGGAAUAUAAAGGUCUCAUGACCAUAGAUUGUCAGAACACAGAUAGGUCCAACUGAAUUUCUCAGUGAGAGUAGGGCAUAUUAGCCUAACACAAAUUCAAUGUCUCUGGUCUCUCUCUGCACACUGCUCUGGGUGAGUAGGUAGUCUAGGCAUCCUAGACUAGACUUUGUGAAAGGCAAGAUUACAAGAAAAAUAAUUGCAGUUCAGUUUAAGGAAAUUAUUUCAGGGAUGCCACAUUUAUUUAUUUUUAAUUUGUUGUACAAUAGUGUAAUAUUUCAUCUCAGAAAUUUAAAAAAUGGGUUCAGAAAUUCAUGAUACUUGGUCACAAAUACUAAUGAAUGUUGUAAAUACUCAUCAUAAUCAGAAUAGGACUAGCUACUUUACAGUCUCAGAUAUUUUAAGAUCAAAGUCGACCCAGCUAUAGAGACUUGUGUCACACUGAUCUGCAUUGACAGAGGAAAGCACAUUUUCAAAUGUUGGCUGUGCUCAUUUGAAUUUCUGUAUCUUUUUUACCUUUUAUUUGUAAUUUGUUUUUUAAUUUCAGACUUGUUGUACCUUUCAACUGGCAUCAGCACAGCUCAGUAGGGUGAAUGUAAAGGAAGCAAUAGGAGAGGGAUGGAAGAGGGGAGAGAAGUAGAAAGAGGAGUAGGGACAGAAAUAAAAAUGGAUAAAAAAUUCCCAGUGAUUCAUUGGCUCCAGACAAUGGGGAUAUUUUCAAUCCUCAGUCUUCCUUACCUUCCCCUGUAGCUCAGGCUUCUCUCCCCCUCUACUUUAGCUUUCAUCACCACUACAGCUAUUUCACAACUUUUUUUUUUACUUAAAGAAUGAAACCAUAACAAUUAAAGUGUUGUAAACAAGAAAAUAUACCCGUCUUCUCACAAAAUAUAACAUGACACAAUUCAUGUAAGUGGUUCUUGAAGCAGGAAUAUUUUCCUCCUAGUAGUCUUACCUCUUUGACUAUGAAAGAAUGAAAUGGUUUAAUAGUUCAGGAGCAAGACAAAGCUUAGAUUUCUUGUUGCUUUAUACCCAGCUUGAACCCUUUAAAUCAGUUUGCACAUGACUUUGUGUUUCAGUUUUAUUCAUCUGGAUUCAAAACCAGACUUGCUAUUGGUCUUUAUUUACUUUUUUACCUCCCUUUCCUUUAAAGCCUUACUUCCAGGGGUCCUUCUUACUCCUUAUCCUCUUAGAGAGAGUAUAAGUUAAAAACUAUUCCUAUUCUUUUAUUUAGUUUGAAUUUUGAAGUGUAUUAUUCAGCUUUGUAGUUCAAAUACUCACACCAGAGUAAAGAAUGCUAUCUGAUAUUUUCCUGUGCAGUGUGACUGUCAGAAAAGAUUCAGGGACCCCAUGGCUCAGUGCUGGUCAUGGUCCCAGUGCUGUGUCUUUCUUCCUAGCUGGAAGGUAGACCACUGUGAAGGUGCAGAACUGAAAGGACACUUUGGCUAAGCCUCUUUUCAGUCCUUACUUCAGGUACUUGCUUCCUCUCAGCUGUUCCCACCAGGAAUCUCAUACAUCUCACAAGGUGGCUUUGGGAGUGUUAAUAGAAAUGGUAGGUUCAGUAACUGGUCUUCCUAAGAAAGUAUUUCCUAAAUCUAGAGCUUAAAUUGGUCCAGUGGCUCCCUAUACCAAUCUGCCUGAUGCAAAAAAGGCAAAGGUUAGCUACUGAGUCGAUACAAAACAAGACCCAGUUGUAAAUUUGAAGACUUAAUUCUUUAAAUAGAAAAUACUAAGAAUUCCCGAGUCCUUUUUAGAUGCUAUAAUCAAUUAAAGAAAUUGAGUAGAGAAAGGUGUUAGAUUUCAAAAUAUUCUAGAUGGAGUAGUAUUAAUUACAGAUGCUGGUGGAACAGGUCCAGAGCAGAACAAUUGGGUCCAAAAGGCUGAAAUAAAUUUUAUAGUCUAAAAAAGCAUUUAGGAAAAAAUCUAAAUGCUAUAGGUCAAAUGCAAACAUGCUAUUUAAUACAUGAAUAAAUAAAAAUUUCAUAAACCUGUAAGAAAACAAUUGCUUCUUUCAGGGAUUUUAUAUUUAAGCAUAUGAAAUUUUAUUAACAUUUAGGAGAAUUUGAUUUUAAAUUUUCUUAAACGAUGCACUAAAAAUUGAUGCAACUGACUAUGGCCUCAUUACUUGACAGGAAACAUUAAAUUUUGUUGCUAUUGAUGUCUGCCUGAUGUAUUGUUUUUAUGUGUUUAGAAUCUGAUUAUUUGUGCUCAAUUUACUUGAGUAAUGUUUGAAUAGCAAGUUUCUCAUGUCAAUGGGGUAUGCAGGGCAUCUGAACUUGGUAUUUCUGGUCCCUGGGCAGUCUCUGUGAGAAGUGGGAGCCCUUUGGAACAACUUAGUGAGAUACCCAGAUCCCCCAGAGAACCAUACUGAGAACUGUGACUGUCCCACAGGAUAAACAGGAGCUCCUUCACGCACCACGACGUGCUUGGCAGAGAUCAUGCCCAUCUCCCUAGAGCCAGGGAUCUACUUUCAACACUUUUGUUUCCUGGGAUUUUUUAGAGAGAGUUUGUAGAAGACUUUCCUGGGCCUUCAGAAAGUUAUAGUGUGAGAUGCAGCUUAUUUGUUUAAAGGCAGGUAGCACUGGCAGGAGCAAUCUGCAUACCCUUGGAGCCCCAGGCCAUGUCUUUCAGCCUUAAGUGUUAUUUAAAGGUCAGUAAAGGGAAGCCUACCUUAACUUUAGGUAACUUCACUGACAGUACAAGAGAAGUUAUGCAAUUUGGAACUUGUCCUUGACUGCUGUUGAAAUACAAUGCAAUGUAUCCCAUGAUUCAGAAUUUAGAGUCAUUUGCAAAAGAGAGAACCCUGAGUUUCUUACUCCUUUGAGUAGAUAUUCUGAAAAUAUUGGUCCUGCUGAGCUCGGUAAGACUGCCCACACAAGCAAGAAGAAGGAGCUGUGCAAACAGAUCUGAAGCAAAUGUUUUGCAAAACACAGGUGAACUGAUGUCUUUCUCACUGACUCAUAUCUUUUGCCUAUUCUCAGUCCUACCAUUCUGUCAUCUCUGCCACAAAUAUUAGAUAUUUUAACUUUGUAGUUUACUUUGCAACACUUGUCUUCUUCAGUGUGCAGCAAAAUAAUUUCAUAUUGCCAUUACCAUUUCACUUCAAAAGGUAUAAUCCAUAAUCAUCAAUUUAUUUUAUGACCAGCUCUUUACUAUUAUGUUUUACAGCCUUUCAGUGCAUCAGUAAAUUAUCUUUAUAGAAGUACAGUAAUAGAGUUGGGACCUUUGGUUCUAGGAACUCCCUAAUGAAAAUUUCAAAAGCCUUGAUCCUUUCCUUUCAGGAAAGGAUCUUUAUAAACUGUCUCUUUCAAAGCAAAUACUUUGUGACCACUGGAAAGUGAUAAUAAUGUAUUUAUUGAUAUUGGUUACUUCAUGUAACAUGUAUGUUUUGAAAUAAAUUGCUUUAUUCUCCUGAUAUUGGACUUCGCCACUGAAAUUCAAAGAAAGAUUUCCAAUUUAUGAUACUUGCCUCUCAACUGUUGCUACACAGAGCAACAAGCAGUUCUGUCAACUUUUGAAAACAGAGAAAAUAGUGAAAAUUUUGAAAGCCAAGAGAAUUUUGAGUGUCUAUAGUAAAUACAGAGUUAAAGGCUUGAGUUCAGUUCUUUUGUGAAAGUUUUAUUGUGUGUGGAAUGUAGAUUAUUGUGCAUGAUGGCUUAGGCAGUCAUCUGUGCAUCUACAGUAAUUAGUGUAUAUGCUGGCAAUCUCUGGCCUGGAAAAGAGAAUUGCAGUGAAAACAAGGCUGGAUGAAGGUUGUCAUCAUCAUCAAGAAGAUAUUUCACAUGCAAAAGAUACUCUAAGUAAAUAUACUAAGGACAAGGCAUACCAGGUAUUCAUCAGGUAUAUAAUGUGUAGCUUUCUAUGUGUGGCUUGUAGCACACCUGGGUGUCAGAUGUUGCUCUCACUGGUAGUUAUGCAACACUUUGAAUAUUAGUCCACUUGGGCUGUGACAUUAAAGAUUUUUUCAUCUGAGGACAUAAUUUCUUAAAGAUGAGAUAUUGUGCACAAUAUUUUCUCAUGAAACUAUCUUUCCUUUUUUCCUAUGUGUUAUGAGUAGUACAGCACAUACCAUGAUAUGUCAAAAGUGCUCCUGUGUAGCUAUAUCCAUGGAUACUCCUGGUCUUUCAAUUAAGCCUAUGACAAUUUUGUUACUGAAUUCCUUGGAAGCAAGAUCAGCCUUCUGUUUUCAAUACAGCAGGAUUUAUUUCUUAAAUGUGGAACGGGGUAUUAGUGCAAUAGAGUUGACACUCUGGUACCUGUUGAAUCAGGAAUUUUGAUGACACUAGAAAUACUUGAUUUAAUCUAAAAAGUUCAAUGCUAUUUUUCCUAUGAACUUAGUUGGUAUAUAGGUUUUCUGGUACACAAAAAUUGAAAGUUUUAAAAAUUGAAACAAUAAGAUGGUACAUUUUAGUGUACUAUUUAGUCUGGUACACUAAAAUUGAAAAUUGUUUCUGCUGGAAGUAAAGAAUAAGUUAUUUUCAGAAGAAGCUAGUUGGUAUUAGAAUACAUAGAAUACUAGACUAAUGAUGUAAUAAUAAAUGAUACUGAAAUGUUUAUAGUUAAUUUUAUAGUUAAUUUUAUAGUUUAUUAAUAUUAAUAAGUUGAUGCAGGAAUUGAUGCCUUGUGCAAUUAGACAGAUAUCAGGACAGAUCACAUUGUCAUACCAGUCAAUUAAUGAUAAUAUCAACUAACAGCAACUUUAUAUUCUGUAGAAAAACAAAACCUUAAUAUAUACUAUAGAAAAUAUGCUUAAAGUAGGAACACAUUUUUUAUAAUGAAAACAAAAAAUUGCACUAUACUUGCAAGAAGGUGAAGUAGGAAUACAUUAUUAGAUCAAUAUUGCAGCUCAUAUAAAAGUCCUGAAAUAAUUUCAAAUGAUAGGAGCUUCCUAAAUUCUGGCAUUUCCUAACUUUGUGUUCCUUGACUUUGCCAGCUUCCUUAUCUUUUUCCAAUAUAGUGUUUCUUGAAUGUGUAUGUGUACAGUCUAUAUUUACUCUCUUGGGGGAGAUUACAUGUCUAGGCAAAUGUAUUUGAAAUUUCAUUAUGAAAUAUGCAAUAAUGAUAGCAUAAAAAUACAACUAUUUAUGAAAAUUGCUUUUGGAGAAUUGCCUUGUAACUUCUUAUUGAAGCUAUAAAUUUGAACCAUAUUUUCUAUUUGAACCAAUGCAUGAGGAAGUAUCAGAAUAAGAUUUUAAAUUAGAAGCAUGCUUUAAUGAACAAAACACACCACUCAAGUUUGGUCGUAUCUGUAUCUCAGCAGAAGCUCUGGAAUCAAGUCCUCUGGUUUUUGUGACAUUGAGCUUCCCAUAUAUGUUCACAUAUUUCAUUAGAACAGUAACUUUUCUUAUUAUAUCAGGUAAAUUUCAUCUAAGAUUUUUAAGACCUUACAAAUGCUUACCAUUUAAAUAAUGAUAGGAAAGGAAAACUGUAUUGAUUUGUGUACCCAAAUUGUGAAGGACUCCAGCAAUGGAAGUGAGAUUAACAUCUUAUUAAAACCAUAGAGGAUGAGCUCCAACCUCAAAUCUACAUGAUUUAUAUGCAGAAUUCAACCCACUAUUAGUGUUCAAGAUUCUGCACUAGAGUAUGUAUUCAUUAAUAACAAUUAAUUCUUUUCAAAACAAUACACACAAUGUAAAUAUUUAAUUUCUUUUCAAUGUGAAAUCAUCUAAAGUAUUUGCGUGCAUUACCCCAUUAAUUCAUUCGGUCAGAUCCUAUCAUCAGCAGUAUAUUGAAAAUAUAAUAAAUGAAAAGAUCCUGAUGCUUUUUAAAAUAUUCUUUCUAUUAGCAUUUUUUUUGUCUCAUUCUGGUAUAUAAGACUUCCUGAGGUAUGACAGCAUUGUUGUUGAUCUAUACUUGAGGUAUGAUUUCAGAGUUCUUGUAUUAUUUUUGAAUCGUCUUCAACAAAUCUCAACUUAAAAAGAAGGAGAAAAUAAAAGGAAAAAAAAAGGACUUUAUUAAUAGAAUAAGAAGAGCAUGUUUCAGAGCAAGUGGAGUAGAAAGAGACAUCAAAGCCAAGUUAACAAAUUGUGAACUUAUCAUUGUGAAAUCAUUGGAAAACUCCAUUUUGUAGGCAAAAAUUUAAAAAGACAUGCAGCUAAUUUUGAUUUUUAAAUUAGCUGACUUUCAUGGAAGUCGUUAUGUUCCAAGAGUUAUAAGAGAAUCUAUGAGAAGCUGCUGAAGUCAUUCCUUCAUAUACUACAUUUAUAUAUAUAUGUAUAUAUGAAAUCCUAUAUAUUACAUGACCUUAUCUUUUAUGAUAUAUGGUGUCAGAUAAGAUAAAAAUUUCUGCUUAAGACAGAUAAAGUUUUGUUGGUUUUUUUAACAAACCCCACAUAUUAGACUACAAUUGAAUCAUUAAAAAUGAAAGUAGUUUUUUCACAGGCCAAAAUAAAAACCAAAAUUUCUUUCAGUGAAACCAAAUGCUAGUUGACAUAAAUCAAUGGAAAAAUAUUGCUUGAGCUAGUGUGGCUUAAGUACAUAGUUUUGCUUGCAUAUUUAGUCUCAACCUAACAGGUACAAAGUUUGCAAGGUCUGUGGUGUGGUAGGGGGUGAUAUGGCUUUUGGCUUUGGUUAUGAUCCCCCUUGGUUGCGCAGGUAAAGACCUGUCAACCUCCAAAAUACACAUAUUUUCAGGGUCUGUAAGUUUAUACUUAAUAUGAACACACAAUUAAGUGACUUAAGUAAAUUAACUUGUCUCAGAAUAAGAGAUACUUUGUAGACUUAAAAUUAUUGUGGAGUUCAAAUGCAAGUGUUUCAUCUUGGUGAAAAAUACCCUUCUUACUUUAUUCUGCAGUAUUAUAUUGAAAAAUGCUAUAAUGCCAGAUAAGAUAAAGAUUAAUUUCUUGAAAAUCAGUAUUGAUAUUUUCUGUAGUCAGAUUCCCAACCAGUUACUAAAGUCAAACUUAACUAGUUAGUAAUAUGUUUUGAGAGUCUGAGUUAAACUGGCUGCUAUAGAGGGACAUCUACAAUUGCCAUUUUUGCCAUAAUCAUAUGACAAGCAUAGUCAAAAUAUUAUCAUGUAUACGGGGUGCAGAUAAGAAAACCAACUUAUUGCAACAUAAAUUAAGCCAAAAUUCUGUAAAUUUCUUUUCAAUAAACACUUAGAGGUAUCUUGCCAUCAUCUAAUUUUUUUAUUAAUUUGCCCACUUGUGCUUUGCCAAAUCCCAGCACAAGGCAUUUUCCCAUUUUACUAUUAAAAUUGCUUAUAAAUUAGAGUAUUAUGGAUUGUGGUGUUAUUGUGCAUCUAGUGUGAUUAAAAGGGUCCUAAUCCAAACCAGCAAUUUUUGAAAACAUUACAAAAAAAUAAUUUGUAUAUUUGGGGAUUCAUUGGUUCUGUUUUAUUUUUAGAUAAUAAUCUUAAUUGAAUUAAAAAAUAUUUUCAUAUUUAUUUAGAAACAUUAAUGAUGAGAAGUUUACUUGUACAAAACAGAAGGCAGGAAAUGGGAGAAAACUUUGUCAUUCAGUUUCUCAGCUCCAUUUAGGCAACAUUAGCAACAUUUUUCCCCAAAGUCUUUAUCUCAGCCUCUUUUUUUUUUUUUUUUUGAGGAUGCAGCAAUGCUGUUGACAUAUGCAGUCCCUCUGCCUCCUCCAGCUUCAGUACCUCUAGUUUCUUUUAGAUCUUAUAUGACUUUCGGAAGUCUCUGGGUAUGCUUAAUUAUAUCAAACUCAAUGCUGGGCUAGUGUGGUCUCAGAGACCUGAAACUUCUCUUUCUUGUGCAGUCCUCUGUAAAACUUUCUGUUAAAACAAGUUCUCCCUAAACUUUCAGAUGAUCAGCCUUUCAGGCUGUGGGCAUAAUUUCUACAGUGAAAAGUUGCAGCAUAAAGAAAGAAUAUUCUGUUGCAUUUAACUGGAACAAAGGGCAUUUGGUAGAAAAGAGGAGACUGGCAACACCUGUCUCUCUUACUAAACAUAUAUUCAUUAAUUCAUCUGGUGGGGGCUUUCCUAUCAGUAUCUUUCCCAUGGUCAUUAGAGAUGGAUGUGAUACUGAUUGCACUUUGGAAAUAAGUAUUAACAUUGCUUACUUUCAUGCUUGUUUUAAAGCACAAAAUUUAAAAAAAACAUCCCAAACAUUGAAGUGCAGAUAAGGCUUAUCAUAUUUCCAUUAGAGAAAGCUUAGAAUAUGAAAAUAAUUUUCCUGUUGAUGUAAAUUGCCCAUUUAUUAUGACAUUUCUUCUACAUAUGUGCAAUACAAUUAACCUUCUUUGAGUCAAUAUAAUCUAGUUAAUUUUACUCAUGGACUUCAAUCUUUGACUGCUGAUGAGAGUAUAGUCACAUCUUAUGGAACACAUUCAGGAGUCUUGCCUGCAGAAAAUAUGUAGAAGAAUGGUGUGAGGUAGAAAAAUCCCUUGUAGAAACUGUAAAGAUAAUGGGCAGUGAAAGGAGCAUAGUAUCUAGUGGCAGGAUAUAUAUUCCCAACAAAAACAUUUGAUACCUAGACCUUCAGUAAAAUUUCCUUCUACUCUCCUUUUUUCCCUCUCUUUAAUAUUUCAGUUUCACAUGAAAACCUCCUUCUGUCCCUCUAUGUAGCUACUAAAAUCUGAAAAAUUUCAUUGGCCUUUUAUAAUUAUAUAAUUGUUCAGGUUGGAAAAGAUCUUCAAGAUUUUCAAGUCUAGCUCUUAACCCAACACUACUGUGUUUACUAUUAAACCAUAUCACCAAGUGCCUUGCUCACUUCAUUUUUUUUUUAACAUUUAAAUAAAAUACAAAUAAUUCCAUAAGCAAAAAAUAAAAGGCAAGGAGGCUACCCAAGGCUAAUGGUUAUUUGAAGUUAAAGUAAAAUUUAAAAAAAACCUUGUGACCUGGACAUUCUGGGUAUGGUGACCGAUAUUUGCAUCUGAUAUAAGCUGGUAGGAUGUCUCCACUAAAUCAGUGGAGAAUCAUCUACCUGGUUGUAUUCUUAUAACUUUUUCACAGCAAAUUUGAUGGGAUUUACUUCCUUUCAGUGGUAAAUUCUGCAAAACAGUAUGAUUAAUUCUAUACUUGGAAGGUCAUUUCAGUCUUAUUUCAGAAUAACUAAUAGAUCUUUGAAAAUGUUAAAGUAAUGUAUGUGUGUGACAUAUGCAGAUGGUAGAAGAAAAUGCUAUGCACAUGAAACCCAAGUACAGAAAUUAUGAACUUGAAACUAUCUUUUCAGUGAAAGCUAUUUAGCUCUAGAUCCUCUCCUUUGCAUUUUGAGAGGAUUUAUAAGAAUGCAUUAUUCAUAGCGAUGCAACAGCUAAAAAAUCAGUUGUUUCUGAUGGAAGGUGGUGGACACAAGUUUGCAUACUUUUUAGCCUUUCAUGUUACUACUGCAGAAAAAUCUGUCUUGUGCCUUUAAUACUCUAUUGAUUAUAGUCAAUCAGACAUUUUAAAUAGACUAAGGUAUGCCCUACUUAGCAAAAACUGCAUUGACAAAGAGAGUUUAUUAAUGAAUCCUAGAAAUUUUGGCAUUAAUUAGGCCUGCUGAUGUCUUAAAUGUAAAGGAUAAGUGUAUCAUUCAGUAACUCAAUUUUUAGACUGAUUAUUAGAGAUAAAAUGGAGCAUGUUUUUAAGUCUUGAGAAGGGUUAAAUAACAGAAGGGUUUAAGUAACACAGUCACCAGAUGUUCAGCUGUCAAAACACCAUUUUUCUGACUGUUUUACUUUGGAUCAAGAAUUGUGAUUUGUUCUGGGAAGUGUUCUUUGGAGACCUCAUGUCUGAGAGGGGUUAAAGUAUCACACCAUGUGAGACACAAUUUUAACUCUAGCAUCAGACCUUUUGAGAAAAAAAAUAUAGGGUCAUUCUCUGUUGAUAAAGAGAAAAAUAUCCAUAGGUUAAAAAGUCAUUAUUAUAACAUUUCUUUUUCAUUUUUGUGUUUUAGAACCAAUACUUUUUUUUCAUUGGUAUCUGUAAUGAGCCAUAGCUAAUAUAUGGUACUGAAGUAAGUAUCUGUGAAAGUCAGCUUUUCAGUAUGAAAGAAAGGGGACAGGUGGAUAAUUAACAUAUAUUUCCAGAUUUUACCCCUUGCAUAUGUAUGUUUAAGGUCCCUGAGCCUCAGCUAUCAGCUCAUGGAUGGCGUAUAAGAUGAUAAAGUAGGAAGAUAUUGUUUUGCUUUCGACCUUGUGGCGUGGGUAUUAUGCCCCAGAGUGUUUCUGCCUCUUUGUUCUAGUUAUUCUAUUUGUUUGGCUAGUUGGAAGUGCAGACACUCUUAUUGAUGUAAGGUAUCAUAACCUCAAAUAACCACAGCACAGAAGCUUUGUGAACAUGAAUAGGAAAAUAUAAUGGACAAAUAUUUUCACACCAGGUUUUAUUCAGCUUCAUUGGAAUGCAUUUCUUGAAUGCAGGCUUGAGGAAGCUGCUCUUAGUGAAGGACCUAAGACCUUGGAGAGCUGAAUCAGAGGGAUGUCAACUUGCUUCUCACUCUUGUGAUUCCUCAGAUUAGCAGCUGUUUUGAUUUGUGCUAAUGGCUCCUAAAAAUAAUUUUUAGGCAGGAAUUCUCAAAGUAUGAGACAUUCUGAUAGUAAUUUUUUAGGGUCCUGGAAAGUACCAUUAGGUAGAAGAUUAAGAGAGCUGCUGGUAGGUGCUGUUAAUACUCUCAUAUCGGCAGGAUCCUUAAAUGUCUUAAAAGGCAGCUUUUCCUGAGCUUUUUUCAAUGCUAGAAAAAGGCAUGCUUGUUGCCAGAAUAUGGCUGUUAGUCAGUCUUUGAAAAUCUUUGAGCUUUUAAUAUCAACAUGUUACAUUGAAAGAAUCUGUCUCUGUGGUGAGUCAAAAAUAAAUGGUGUAUAGUCAGGCUACAGGAUAAUAAUGUUAGUAUGGGAUUAAUAAAAUUUAUAGGUGACAGUAAAGUGGUAUAAACAUUCCCUGUUGUUCUUUUAAAUGUUUAUGAAAAGGUGCACAAGAGGUCCUUGACAUGUGUUUCCAAUGACCACUCUUUAGCUGCCUCACCAAUGAAGAGACACCUAGCAGAGGAUCCAAGAUUUGGAUUCACUGAUUUUAUCAUGAGAGUUUCUGUAAACAGUGCCUUUAAAGAUGAUUUGCUGGAGUUUUCAAUCCAUCUAAACCUUGAAUACAAACCCCUUCUAUAUUUACUAAAUACUCUUAGUUUUCACUGGGGACAGAGCUAGAUUUGCAGCACAGUCUACAUCUAUUGACUCUCCUGGUUGUUCUAAUGCUUUUGAACUGUGCCUUUCUUUGCCAUGGGUUUUUGUUUUUGUUUUUUUUCCCCCAUGCCUGAAAUGGAAAUAAACCUCCAGUAAAGCCGUCCAUCAUCAAAAUUUCUUGCUUGUGAUUCAUAGGUUGUUACCCAUCAUUCUAAGAUUUAAAAAACAAAUGUUUUAAUAUCUGUGCUUUCAACCACUGCCACAAAGUUGUCUACAGAUAUGCUGAAAAGGUAAUCUCCAAUAUUAGUAAACCUAUUAAAUCUAUUCUGGAUGCUUUACUCAGCCAAAGGUCACUCAAACUGGAAGGAAGAGAAAAUAAAGGGCUAGAAUAUGUGGAAUAACUGAUUUCUCCACUCUGUGUUUCAUUUUUGGCAAAGCACUUGCAGGUAGCAAUAUUGCCUUCUUUUACAUUGGUAAACAUGUGUUCUGAAAGAGAGGGAAAAGAAGCUUUUUCCUCUGGAAUUACCCAUUAACUGCUUGAGACUUGGGGGAGAUGAGUGGUUUAAAUAAAUAGGUAAUGGUCUCUGUAAGGAUGAUAUUCUCUUAUGUACACCUAAGAGCUUUUUGUUGGUAGAACGUGACAAAAGAGAGGCUUGGAAAUGAAUCAAAGAUAGGUUCUGCUCAUGCUGGGCCUGUGUCUGAAGUUGCCUCAAAUCAGCCAAAAGGGAGACUGCUCUUCCUGUGUAAGGAUGGUUGGAUUGGUCUAAUAAGGAAAAAAAAACACAAUUACAAGAAACCACAAUUUUCCUACGUCCAUAUUUAACCAAAAAUACUAAACAAUAAGUUUCUUUUUGUCAUUGGAAAUAUUUUGUUAUGAGAUGAUGGUUCAUCAUUGAUCUUCACUUUCUGCUGAUGGAACAGCUCUCUUGGGAGGCAAAUAUAAUCAAUAUCUAUCUUAUCUGUUUGACAAGACAGAAAAAAAAUCAAGAAACAUACUUCAGCUUUUGUUUCAAUGAUUUAAAGCACAUUUUCUAACUUUUUAUUUGAAAAAUCUGUUUGUAAAUCUAGUCUAGAAAAAUGCUGUUUUUAUAGGCUUCAGGAACAUGUUUCAUUUGGAAUGAAUGAAUUAUUCCUUGCUGCAGACAGCUGUAAAUACAUAAAAUGCUCAAGCUUUUUGAGGCUUGUCUCAAAUGCCAGCACAAAAUCAAUGACAAAAAUCAAUGUCUUAUAUGUGCAAUACUUCACUUAAUAAUUUUAAAAAAAUAUUUCAAGAGCCAGAUCCAGAGCAAAUUUUCAGAAAUAGCUUAGCUCCUAUAGAGUCCUAUUGAUUUACUCCCAUGCUAGAUCUGGCCCACUGUGGAAACUAAAUUUCAUAUAACUGUAUCUUUUAAUGUAUUUAUUUAUUAGUGCUGAACAUCAUUACAUUUUACACUACCACAAAAGUGGAUUGUAUUUGUGGCAAAUUCUUUACCUGCACAGAAUCUGUAGUUGUGUCUGACAUGGAACAAAAUUGCACUUGACAUUUAUAAGCUCAGGAUGGAAUUUUCCAUUUUGUGUAAUUUAUAAAAGAAGUUCAUUACUUAAAUUGCACUGAUGAUUAUAACUAGUAAUUUGCAUGAAUGAUUAGGAUGUCUGUUGUGAAUUAGGGAUUCUCAAUGAAAUUUACAGCAAGUAUGAAAUUUUCAGAAAUUUUAUUUCUAUGUUGAUUUUAUAUAGAUUGUUUAGAUUUAUCAAAGUAGCAUAAACUACUUAAUAUCAUGGUUUAAAUAGUUUGUAAGUCUAUAUUAGGAAACUACAGAACUAUUAGUAGACAGAACUGUUUCUCUUUGCCAUUGGAAUACAAACAAUAAAUAGAGUAGGCUUUUCAAAAACAGUUUCUUAAACUUAAUUUGGUGUGUCUUGUGGUUACCCAUCCAUACUAUUGCAGCCCUGGCUUUAUUAGGUGGUGCAAAUGCUGUGCAUUGCAGUGCUGGGUGUGGAAUGAACUGCAAAGUAAAUUUUCUGCUAUAGGUGAAGAGUAGGACUUUCAGAAAUUAUAAUUAUAAAAAUCUGUGAUGCUAUUGACUUGACCUGCUGCUGACUGUGCUCAUCAUCUCGAAAAAAAUCAGGAAAUAACUCAAGUGGGAAUUAAAAUGUUACCUCAUAAAACCAAUCAUGUUUGUAUUAUUUUGUUAGUAUUAUUGUACUUUCUCAGUUCCUGACAUCAUGCAUUUGAAAAUCUUUACUUAAUACUUUAUCAAGGUAUUUAUGAUUUAAUAUCAGUCAUUUAAUAUCAGUCAGCACAUUGCUCAUGAAAAAUAUCCAUUUAGCUAAGUAAUGAUUUUCAGACAACUAAAAAAAUGCAGACUGUAUCAUGUAUGCCUUUUUUCCUUUUUAGAGGACUGUAUAUAUUUAAGGUAAGUAACCUGACUUUUGCCAUGUCUUUAAUUGUUAUACUAUUUCCUCUGGUUAAUAACUAAUACUUCCUUUAAUUUGUUUUCUAUAUGUGACACCUCAUUUUUUAUACAUUUCUAUAACCUGUAUUUAAUAACCAGAUCUAUUAUUGUACAGAAUAAAUUAAUUAGAUCAUACAGAAGUUAAUACCAUUGGGUAAGAAAGCUGAAGCAAGGUAAUUCAUCCUGCAUAAAAAGGAGUCAUGAAUCAUGGCCGGCUGCUGUUUGUGCACAAGUAGUUAAUGUGGAUUUCCAUACUUAAAAUAUAAAGUUGUCUUAUGGUGGUUUUUAUUGUAUUUUGGGGAAAAACUGCUGUUAGUAAUAUAAAGAGAAUUGUGUCUAUUCUUCCAUUUGCAAAGCUCAUUAAUUAGGUAAUGAGACUAAUUUCAGGAUCUGACAUCACAUGUUAAGGCAUAGUCUUUUUGAGGUCUCUUCUGAUUUAAUUUCAUAUUUCUGUAAUUAAAUUGAGGUAAUGAAUAAUACAAUACAUUUUCACGUUUGUGAAAUAAUAUAGGCAGCCUCUUUAAAAUUCAACAUUAUAUGAAUAGAUUAUAUUUUAUCUGUUAUAUAUUUGUCUAUGCUGUUUAUUACUCGUUUCUGUCCUUUUGGGAUCACACACUUUUGUAAAAGACUGGAAAUACAGAAUGUUAUCAAUGUUAGGUGUUUCACUUCACAACAGCAACAAUACCAGCCAAUAUCUUAUUCAGGAAUUUAAGACAACAUUAAUUAAAUUCUGCCAUCGAAAAAGGUGAGUAUUUCUCAGCAAGGAAAAAUUAAUCUGCCAUUAACAAGUACUGAAACUGUUAUUUAGAAGCUUAGUGUUCAUGGUAAUGUCUAAUUCUGUUAUACCUUUGAACAGCAUUACCAUAUUAUAAAAUAAAUAAAUAAAUACAUAUUUAUUUAUGUAAAGGACAUGCAUUUUGUUGUAAUUUAUAUUUAAAACUUGGAGUAUAGUUACUGGGUUUUUUGUUCCAUUUGAAGUAAUGGAAAAUGUCAUACUUGGAUUCAUUGUAGGGGAAACAGUGUUUUUAUGGUUAUCUAAUGAAGAUUAUAUUGGAAAGUGACUGGGAAUUACCCUUAAAAAUGGAGAAUAUACAGAGAUCACUUUGAAAACUGAGGAAGAAAUGUAAUAUUUAUAUUCAUAAGAAAACAUUUGUUUCAUACCUGGCAUUGAUUCACAACAGUUGUGUGUGACAUUUAUGUAAAAGGGCGUAUGGUUAUCUUCACACUCCUUGAAGUGUUUCUCUGUGCCAGAGGGCUGUUAAAAAUUCCUUUUGCUGCCAGUAGCCAAGGAGUUUUUACCACAUUCAGAAACUGCCAGGAAAGCUGGGUCCUGUCCUAUUUCCCCUGGCCAUUCUUUGUACUACUUGUGAGAGAGGGAAAUUGUGUCCCCCGCUGCACCAGCUGAGCAUCACUGCGGGAUCUCAUCCCCCUGCAUCCUGCUGCUGCUCUUGGCAUGCUGUGCAGCAGCCGCACUGCUCGGGAGCCUGCCUGGUGGAUGUAGGUGAACAUUUAUUCACAGCUGUAAAAUAAGCCUCAUAGAGACAAGUGUUAGACAUGACAGAGAGAGAGAGAAAGUAAAUCCUCAUUCUGGGUUAGUUAAAGGAAAGCUUUUUGUUAACAUCUGAGAGCCUAUGGCUUUGGCUGCAUUGCAAUGAUCAUCCUGCCUGAAGCUCCUUUUCUAGACAGACUUAUACCAGGAUCAGUAUAUGUAGCAAGAGAUCCACUGGCCAAAUUCAUUUUUCUUAUGCCAAACUAAAGUAAACAAGAAUGGCCAUAACUCUUACAAAGUAGAAUUUUGGGAAUGGCAUCAUAUCUCAGGAUAAAUUGCUACAGCUGUCUCCAAAUACAUGGCUUUGUAAAGAAGGAACAUUUUUCACAUUAGCUGUACUGAGCUAAUUGCCAUUCUCUUCACAGCUGUAAAGAUUUGCAUUGUGUUGCUCACAUCUGUGUUUUCUGAAGCACAGCAUUCUUAUGGUCUUCUAAUAACUGGUGCGGUAAUACAGCAUUGCAUUUCAGUAGUUGAGAAAGAUAAGUCUCAAGCCUUACUAGAGUGAAAUUCCCUUUACUUUUACAUAGAGAUUUGACUGAUGUAUGGAAUAACCUGUAUUUGAUGAAACUGCUCUUCAAGAGGGAGUGGGACAGAUUGCAUAGUGGAUUUUUUGGCCGUAAAGUCAGCUUGAUGAAGGCAAGGUAAGGUGACAGAUUGAAUGGUACAACCAAAUCCAUUAUUACUAUUGCUUUUCUGGCUCAGAAUACAAGUCCAGUAAAGACAACAAAUGCUUUAACUGAAUAGCAGAUUAGAGUAGUUCUUCCAUAAUCCCCUUUUUAAGAGGUAUGGGGAAGUGAUCUUCCUUCUCCCCAGGAGGUAAGAAGGUCAUGUCUGCUAAGGCUGGUGCAAAAGAGUGAAUGUCAUCUCUGAGAAAGUAGGCAGGAGUCAAAUAAAUUUGCCAAAUAUGCUCAAAUUAGAGCUGUCAUUUGUCUUUGACUGAACAGAUGGAAAUAGAGAAUGAAGACCAUAGCCUUCAAAUGUCAUUGGGGAAAAAAAAAUCAGCUAGAAACCUAAAGCCCAUCUAGGAAAAGAACCAUCAUGAAAGCCCUAGCCUCAUGUUUGUUUAAAAUUGGAGGACUGGUCAGACAACUAUUUCAGGUAAAUCUUUUAUAUGUAUAUGUUACUGAUGAAAGGUAAUUUUCACAGUACAAGUAUUUUAUGACUAAGAAAAAACUGCCACUAUUUUUUUAUAAGUGACUAAGCUGUGGUCUGGAAAAAGAAUCCUUGACAGCAGUAGCAUAUUCCUGUACAUCGUAUUUCAUUUUAAUGGAAUUAAGAUGAUAAAUUAAAGUAACUGACACCAUAACUUCUUUCAUUGUUUUGGAUUUUGUGACACAUUUUCUUCCUGUGAGACUGCACACAAGGUUUGAAUUGAGUUCACAAGCAAUUAGGUACCUCAGGUUUUUGCAUACUCACUUUGAAAUGUUUGAACUCAUAUUUUGAUCUUAAUAUUUUCAUUGCAAUCAAAUCAGGAUAACAUCGAGACAUGCAUAUUGUCCAAAAAUAAUACAUAUUUUUAAAUAUUAAAAGUGUUGUGGGAGCUAAUAUAUACAUCAAGUACAAGGCUGGAAAAAACAUGGAGCAUAGUAAAAGAAUAAAAAAAAGGACAAGGAAUUGGCAAAUGCACAUGACAGGUAUGUCAAAUUGGAAGUAUUGCAUUGCAGGAAGUUUACAUUUAAAGCUUUUGUGGAAAUGGUUUUGAAAUUUCUUUUUUGGUAUAACAAUAUCACUACUGAUAUUGGUAAAUAUUGUAAGUGUACUUAUGAAAUUUGCUCAUAUAGGCAGAAUGACAUCAAUAGUUCAGAUGUGGAGUGGGGCAUCAUAUAGGAGAUGGUGAAUAAUGGGUGUGGUAAUUGAAAAGCAGUUAAAUAUUAGGUGAGGGUCACUUAUUAACAUCAUUAUUAACAGUUUUCUGCUAUAAGAUCUCUUCCAUUCCUGUAUAUUUUUGCUUUUUUUAAUAUUUCAUAGUCUAUAUUUUGUCAGUGGUUAAUUUUUAACUAUUUUUCACAUCACAUCCAUUAGACAAACUGUUUUUUAACACAACUGAAAAAUGAUGAAAUUAUUUUUUUCAUUAAAAAUAACUUCAAAACAGAAUUACCUUAAACAUGAGAAAAGUAUUAUUCACUGAAUUGUAAACCUCCAAAUGCAAAAAUUUAUAAUGUAAGCUGAAAAAUAUUUCAGCUUUUAUAACACCAGCAGCCAACCUAAAAGGAGUUGAAUCAUCUAAAACAGAUGCUGCCUAGUGAUGGAAGAUAGAUUGGCCUGUGAGCCUGAAUAAACUUUGUCUCUAAUUAGUAUGCAAAUCUCACCUGCUCCAGGGCUCUUCCUCUUUCAAAAACUAUGAUCUAUUCAGUUUUUCUGUGUUUUCUGGUGAAUAAUCUCACCCAGGAGGUUUCUUUUGCAUUCCAAUUUUCUUCAUACCUAUAAUUUUAAAGUAUGCUGUACUCUUCUAGGUCAAUAUUUUCUUCAAAGCAUAAAGAUGAGAAAUGUUAGAAUGUCAGAAAUUAAAAGAAAAAAAGCUGAAACAAAUGCAGACAUUUAAUAAUAGAAAUAUUUUUGCUUAAUACUAUAGGGUAAAAUUCUCUUUUACUUAUAUGUAUCUAAAAUCCAUACAAAAAUUGCACAGAGGACUAUAGAUGUUGAAUAUAAAUUUAAUUCAUCUGGUAAGCAUUUGAAUUGAUUAGCAGAAUAUUUAAUGUUAAAUAAAAUAUAAAAAUGCCUUUAAAAUUUGAUCUUAGUCUAUUAAAAAUAGUGAUGGGUUUCAACAGAAGUGGGAUCCCACUUAGCCAAUGUCACUGACAUAAACCACAUCAGCAUGUUAUGAAUUAUAGACUUCUAAAUAUGUGUAAACUUCUGAGUCACAAACCCAAUUCCUCUGCUUCCUGAUACAAUUGCUUGUGUCAGCAUGGAACUUUAAUGAAGCUGGACUUGGUUCAGGAUGUGGAUCUUUUGAGGGAUAUAUUCAUAUCAUCCACCUUCUGACAGUCCUUUCAGGACUCUGCCUGCUAAAAAAACAGCCCUUUUUUUGGUCUCUAGAUAGGGAAGUUAUUCUCCUAGGUUGCAAUGGUCAAAAUCUUCAUCAUCUGACACCCUUCCACUGUGCAAAUAAGACUGGGCCUGAAUGCAUGUGCACCACACACUCCUCUACACACAGACACCUGAUCAGGACCUGUGAUGGCAAUUCCUGCAUGUUUAGAGGGCUCUCCAAGUGCAAUGAAAAACAAGAAUGUACUUUACACUGUGUAUAUUUAAUGGUGUAAGAUCUCUUCUAUGAAAUGCAUGAAGGGAUUUAGCUACUAUUAUUCUAUAUAUGUAAUUUUCUUUGGUGGCCUUGAAAUAAUGAAAAGGAAUUAAAUACACCUGUAUUUUAUUUUCCAGCUAUGUGCAGGGGGCAUCCUUGGAAAAGUCCCAUAGAUGUAGACCCUGAAAAGUUUUCAAAGGCUCCAGUUAAUUCCAAAGGCAUUUAAAGGUUUAAAGCCAAGUGAUCCAACCAUGACUGGCAAAACACAGACCAGCAAUGUCACCAAUAAGAACGACCCAAAGUCCAUCAACUCCAGAGUCUUCAUUGGUAAUCUGAACACAGCUAUUGUCAAAAAAGGUGACAUCGAAGCAAUCUUUGCAAAGUACGGGAAGAUCGUGGGCUGCUCGGUGCACAAAGGUUAUGCCUUCGUACAGUACAUGAGCGAGAGGCAUGCCAGGGCCGCGGUGGCAGGAGAGAACGCCAGGAUCAUCGCAGGACAGCCACUAGAUAUCAACAUGGCAGGAGAACCAAAACCAUACAGACCAAAACCUGGCAACAAGCGGCCACUUUCAGCACUUUACAGACUUGAAUCAAAGGAGCCUUUCCUGUCCGUUGGUGGUUAUGUCUUUGAUUAUGAUUACUACAGAGAUGAUUUCUACAAUCGGUUGUUUGAUUACCAUGGCCGUGUCCCCCCACCGCCCCGUGCAGUGAUUCCACUCAAACGUCCUCGUGUGGCUGUGACAACAACUCGUAGAGGCAAAGGAGUUUUCUCCAUGAAGGGAGCAUCACGGUCCACUUCAAGUGGGGCUUCUUCCUCAGGAUCCAAAUCACCCACCCGUCUUCCCCUGCCCCUUAUGUGGAGUGAUACUGUCCUUGGAAGCGUCACUGGAAGAGGAAGAGAAAGAUCAGUGAAAUCAGAUGAGUUGCAAACAAUCAAGAAAGAAUUAACUCAAAUCAAAACAAAAAUUGACUCCUUGCUAGGGAGACUGGAAAAGAUUGAAAAGCAGCAAAAAGCUGAAGCAGAAAAGAAACAAAAGGAAGAUAAUGCUGAUUUGAUUCAAGAGGAAUGCAUAUCAGAGAAUGCAGAUAACUCUACGGAAGAGCCAAUUGAAGGAGGGCCAGAUGCAGAUGGGGAUGCAGAAGAUAUGACUGAUGGGAUAGAGGAGGAUUUUGAUGAGGAUGGCAGCAAUGAGCUGUUUCUACAGAUCAAGUGAUGAAAAGUCAUGUGUGAAUCCCCUGAAGGCUGAGAAGAGAAACUCUGACUUCCUCACAGAAAAUUGUGAACUGCAGUUUCUUACUGGCUGACAACACCUUUGAUUCAAUUUGUAUGAAACUCAAUUUGCUUAUUAAAAUGGACAUUAUUGUUCAGAUAUUAGAAACUCCAUUUCUUAUAUGUUCUAAGCUGUACAAUUGUCAGAUUUUUAUGGUUUAGAUUGUAAAUGUGGUUUUCUCUGGCUAAUUAUUGGUAUUAUUUUUUUAAUUUUGAUGUCUUAAAGGCCAAUGUACUGUAUCAUAAUAAUAUGAAGGACGUAUUUAACAGGUGUGGAAAACACUGUAUACAAAUGUAUAUUUCUAAAAGCUAUUUUUAUGAUUAGCACAUUUUACUGUUUUACCAUAUUUAGAGUCAGGUGAUAUUGCACUUCUUUGUUUACUGCUUAGUUCAAACAAGACAUUUUGAUCAGUGCCACAAUUAAAUACAUUGUAUGGUGUUUCCCAUUACUUUAUUCAAUUUGUUUGUCAUUGGAAAUAAUUACAUUUGGUAAUAGAAUAGCUUCUAAAAAGUGAAAAUGUCAAAAUAAGAGAGAAAUCCUUGAUAAACUGUAAAUUGCAUCCUCAUGUAAAUCCCCUUCUUCAGAUAAGCCCUCUCUGUGAUGCCAUUCAUCAGACAGUUCUUGCAAAUCUCUAAAGGCAGUUUGUUCCUACCAUAUGGAAAGUCAGACAGCCUCCUGUCUAGCCAGGAAAAUUACUUAUAGCCUGCCAAUAUCUGACAGCAUGAGAUAGCCUACUUAUUACUUUUUGGGUUAUUUUCUGGCAGUAGUCUUUCCACCCACAAACUCCUAAGGCCCUCCUGAAAGCCUGAAAUUGGAAUAAUUAAUUACUACUGAUGUUGUAGGGGGAAUCUCAGUAUAGAAUUUCUUAAUAAAUCAUAUCUCCUUUCAAACAGAAUGGAUGCAUUAUUUCUCUUGUGUUACUGAGAUAUUAAAGGCAAAAAAGCAUGAGCACAUGGACUUCUUCCCCUAGAAAAGUACCAAAUUUUUCACCAUCCCAAAGUCAGACCUCUUUAGCAUUGCAGAUUACAAGAAACAAGGAAUAUGUAUUUAUUCAUCUACAUCUUUAAGCAAGUGGUACUCAUAUAGAAAGAGCCAUGACUUUAAAGUGAUUGCAGGGUAAAUAAAUUAUUUAUUAGCUACAGCCUCCCAAGAGGCAGAGGCAUUAAUUAAGGAAGUAUCUUACACAGUCAAAUGGAGCACAGACCCAGUAUGCAGCAUUGAGCCCUGACCACUGAGCUCCAUGACCAGGCUACUUACUAUUUCAGAUCAUCCAGCACUACCAAGCUGCACUCUUGCCUUGCCCUUUCAAACAUUCUACCAGAGAGACUUUUUAAAAGAUCUAAUUUUAAACUUCUGAUUUAAAAAGCAGUUUAUGAGAUGACAGGUUCACCUUAUGUAGUGUGAGUGUAAGUAGGUGGGAGCUCAAGGUCUCGGGCCAGGUUUCUGCCAUGGGGACUAUCAAUAAAGAAGGACUGAUAUUUUUCAAAAAUUUGGAAGAAAAGCAUACAUUUUAAUUUAAUUAUCUAUUAAUGAGUGAGAACUUUUUUCACUAGGUAGCUAUUUGACAUUGCACUCUCAGUUACAUUUGUGUACCUUAUAUUUAACUUGUCUAUUGUGUGUGGAGUUACAUGGUUUUACAUAAGUGCUGAGUAGUACCCAGCUCCUUAAAUAAGGAAAGACUAGUAUAAGUAGUUACAUCUGAGCAUAAGGAACUGCAGCUUCAGAAUUUAUCAGGGCUGACUCUCCUAGAACAUUGCAGCAAAAAAAUAUUACUCCAGUGUAAGUGAAAUGUUAGGUCAAAUCAGAGAAUGAAAUACUCCACUUUCUGUCUCUUAAUAUAGGUUAUGAACAUUUUUAACUGUAAAGAUGCAAACGUAAUUGCCAUUUUGGGAUUUCUGUCUUUGGCUGAUAGUUAAAAAAAAAAAAAAUAUCUCCAAAUUCAGCAGGUCCAGGAGCAGUUGUACCAUUUAAAUCACAUAAACUGUUGGAUGACUUAAAAAAAUGCAGAAAAUCAUCCAAGGAGAUCAGUUCUGAUAUUGGUGUUAAUAAACUAGAUAGGGGAAAUAUCUAGGUAUAUUGUCUCUUCACCACCUCCAUUCCAAAUAAGCUAACACUCACAAAAAACACUGAGAUUUUUACACAUUCUUUAUAAUCAUUCCCCUUACACUAUGAACUCACAGAAAUAAUUGCACAUUCAUAAUGUUGUCACUGCUUCACACCACAGUUUAAGUCCUGAGUAUAUUUUGAACACAAAAGUCACCUCUGGUAACACCAUGAGGCACUAUUUCAUUUGCAAGAUUGUUACCCCGUGCAGCCUAUUACUAGUAAGGUUUCUCAAUGGCAUGUUUGCUUGAAAUCACUCGAGGAUGCUGGUAGCUUUGACAGAGCUUAAUAGUUCUCUGCUGUCCAUGUAUGUCCAUGUAUGCCAGAUGCUCAGUGUUGUUUGCCAUCACCUGUUACUUGUUUGACAUAAAUUUUGUCAAUUGUGGGAUUUUUCAACAUUGCUCAUCCCUUGGAAUAUGGAAGAAUAGGAAAUAUAAAAGAUCAUGUCAAUCAGUUUGGACAUUCAACAGUCAUAAAAUCCUUUACAGACAGUCCUGAAUCAAACCAAAUUCAUUUUCUACACAGAUCUAUAUGCUCUGUGUAUUUCAGAUAUUUGUUUCAAACAUGGGCAGCUGCAUGAAUGGAAAAUAUUUACUAAAAAGCUUUAAAGUUUGGAUCAAGAAAAAAUAUUUUUACUUUUGUAAACUCUUGUAUUACAUAUUAUUGCAAUUCCUAUUUGUUUUCUCUGUAGAGCCAUUUUUAGUUCUGAAAAAUCACUGCACUUAAACUAUGUAGAUAACUAUAAUCUUGUUAGCAGUCCUAUUUUUAAUUGGUGUCACUGCAAUUUAGAUUUUAAACAUUCAGAGAUUGCCCAUUAGAGCAGAUUGAUGAUUCAUUACGGUUUUCUUUAAAAUGUUGUAACAUAAUUUUUACAUGUCUGUAAAUAAAUAUUUUCUCUGAUUUAUGCACUA